AUGUUUGCUGUUGUCGUUCAUGCUGGCGCUGGUUUUCACGCUCCCUCGAAUGAAUCUACAUACAAAGAUGCCUGCUUGAAUGCUUGCUUGGCUGCCGCACAAAUUCUCGAACGUUCAAACACUACAUUCCCUGCCAUCGAUGCAGCAACGUCUGCCGUCUCGGUUUUAGAGGACAGCUAUAUCACUAAUGCUGGAUAUGGAAGCUGCUUAAAUUUUGAUGGCUAUGUGGAAUGCGACGCCGGUCUUAUGUGUGGCAAAAGCCUUGUAUUUACCUCUGUUGGAAGUGUUUCCAACGUAAAGAAUCCGAUUGAAAUCCCGAGGCAUUUAAUAUUGCGACAUCUCACUGAACCGGCUUCCGUUAUCGGUCGAGUUAAGCCCCUAAGUCUGUGUGGCGACGGAGCUAGGCGUUAUGCAUCCGAAGUCGCAGGUCUUCCCCUUACUCCAGAUAACCGUCUCAUUUCAAAGUCUGCAAGAUCUAGUUGGCGAAAGUAUCGGGCGCUUGUCGAUGAACAUGAGUCGAAUGUCGUGGAUGCUUCGACUAGAAAUGGCAAUUCUCGCGAGGGUUUGUCUUCAUCUCUCAAAAGAUCAAGAAUUUGGGAUAGACUUGACACCGUGGGUGCCGUUUGUCUUGAUAUCUCUGGCAAUAUUUGUGCUGCUUCUUCCAGUGGUGGCAUUCCGCUAAAAAUAGGAGGUCGUGUUGGACAGGCCUGCAUUUACGGUUGUGGUUCCUGGGCAGAAGUCACUCCUUCCGUUUCUGUCGGUUGCGUUACGUCCGGCACAGGGGAACAACUAAUAAAAACACAGCUUGCCCAACGAAUAGCUUCUGAAAUUCUCGUUGAAAAGAAUAAACCUAUUCCUGAUGUUGUAAAUAAUGCUUUCCAGAGAGAAUUUCUUGCUUCACGCUUCUUGGCGAAAGAAACGACUGAGAAAUUUGGAGGAGUUGUUGGCUUGUGCAGGACGCCAGGUGAUACCCAAGAUCCCUAUUUGCCCCGUGUAGUCGAAUUAUUUUUUAAGCAUUCUACCAAAUCUUUGGCCUACGCCUAUUUUGUUAGCGGUGCAAUGAAAAAGCCGAAGGCUGAAAUAUCGCGUAUGUCGCACGGCUCAUCUACCGCAUCAAAUUAUUACGCGUUCGCCUGUAAAUAA